GCAUGUUUGAACAGCUUUUCUUAGUUCUAACGAAAAAUUUAUAUCAAAAGGAGAUUGGAGAAAAAAGCGAGCAGGCGUGGAAAGGGACCUAGAACGGUCAGCCGCCAAGGCGUCGUACGAUAAUCCAGACAGCGUCUGUUCACCUGCCUCUCUUCCAGAGCUUUUUUGUUUUUUUGUGUUUCGCCUAACUUCUGCUUUCUCUUCUCGAACUCAGAACCCUUUUUGGUCAGCUCGUAUUCCUCUUCCUGAACGCUUUCGCUUUGCGAAGUUCGACGUGGUAGCUCGAUGGCGCAAAGACAUCAUCCUACCUGGAGCACGUCCUUCAGGGACCGAGCUUCUCUGCCUGGCACUUCGCCGCUUGCCGCGUAUCUUCUGCACCUAAUUACGAUCAAGAAGUCUAAUCUGUGUGUCUCCGCCGAUGUAUCUACCACAUCUGAGCUCCUCGCGCUUGCAGAGGAAGUGGGCGACUCAAUAUGUCUACUCAAGACCCACGCCGACAUUAUCAACGACUUUAGCGAUCGGACUGUGAGAGGGCUACGAGACAUUGCAAAGAGAAAACGAUUUCUAGUCUUUGAGGACAGAAAGUUGGGAGACAUUGGCAGCACCGUGCAGAAACAAUACACAUCCGGGCCUUUAUCGAUAGCAAAGUGGGCUGAGAUUGUCAACGCUCACAUCUUCCCGGGCCCUGCUAUCGUCUCCGCUCUCAAAGCUGCUGCGUCCUCAGCAAUAGCCGACUACAAUACAAAAGUGCACACAGAGGUCACUGCUGGAUCGCCAUGCUCUUCUACGAACCAUGAAGAUGAAGAGAUGCAUGAUGACAGCGUAAAAGCUGGAGAAGGCUCGUUGUGUACUGAGAGCAGCGAGGGCGCAAGAGACUUGAGGAAAGCCAGCGUCGUCAGUGUCAGCACGACGAUCACAAGCAAGACGGAGCCUAUCAGCCCACAGCCUACGCCUUAUAUUGAAAUGGGUGAUACGCAAGGUGCGCCUGUCGACGUUUUCGCGGGGCUGGGCACGCCUCCGUAUUUGCGGGCCUUGCUCCUCCUGGCCGAGAUGAGCUCGGAGGGCAACCUCCUCACUGGCCCAUACACAGAGAUGUGCGUUGCGACCGCACGGCAGCAUCGCGAUUUUGUAAUGGGCUUCAUAGCCCAGCGGUCGCUCAACUCGGAGCCUGAUGACAACUUCAUCACGAUGACUCCUGGAGUAUCGCUUCCUCCCCCAGGACAGCCAGCUGUGACGGGCGAUGGACUGGGCCAGCAGUACAACAGUCCGGAGUACGUCAUUCUUGAGAAAGGAUGCGACGUGAUCAUUGUUGGAAGAGGCAUCAUUAAGAGUGAGAACAGGCAUCGGGAAGCAGAGAGAUAUAGGGAAGCCGCUUGGGACGCCUAUCAGAAACGGAUUGCCUCCUAGGGACUAGGAUUGAAGUUGAAUACCGGAAGCGAGGAAACUCAAAAGCUUGGAUUCUCAAGGUAACAGCGCAAAAAGUGCGGCGAACGAUCUUCAAAACAUGAUGAAUUCUCUGGUCAACUCUCUAAAAGGUUCUCGAUGGCGUCGGUACUCGAUGCUCUGAUGCUCCGAUGCUCUGUGCGGCGUAACUGUAUGUUGCAAUUUCCCUUUUCCGGAUAAAAGAUUAGCAGGGAAAUAUGCACCGAUGAGCUUUUCUUUCUUCCUUAACUUCGAGUUGGCCCUUUGCUCUCUUUUUAAAGCGUGAUUUACAAAAUUGAGACGCUUAAACUUACAAUGCUCGCUCGUUUGUGCUGGACAUGCUGAUUAGCGAUACGCUCGCCUAAAAUUUUGGCCGGAACAAAUUCAGGAUCAUCUGCGCAUACAUAUCUUGUGCGCAGGCGCUCUUGAACGAGACGCCUAGGUGGAUGCUUUUCUCUCGUGUUAUGCACCUAAUUCUGGGCCAUUUACCAACUCAAAUCACAUCGAGUAUGCUCUCUCUCUCUCUCUACGUCUCUUUUACGUGGUCAUUUACAUUUGACUUCUCUCUAUUUCUUGCAGUCCCUUUUGCUCGC